AUCCCUGAACAUCCUGGUACCAAGUUCUGCUGUUGAGACGCACUUCACUGCUCACAACCCAAAGAACGAUGGCCUCAGUUCUUUACUUGACUUUGUUCCUCUCUCUGAGCUGCGUUCUCUGGAACGGAGUCGAUGCUACAUGUGUUCCUCCCCCAACUUCUACUCCAACUCCACGAACUACAACUACAACUCCUCGACCUACAACUCCAACUCCACGAACUACAACUACAACUCCUCGACCUACAACUCCAACUCCACGAACUACAACUACAACUCCUCGACCUACAACUCGACCUACAACUCGACCUCCUACUGUUCCUCCACUUCCUCCUGCUAGCUGUCCCUAUGGUUGGACUCAGUAUGGAAAUCGUUGUUUCCUCUUCCAGAAUGCUCAGAGGGACUGGGCUUCUGCUGAGCGUGCCUGCAAUGGUUUAGGUGCAAAUCUGGCCUCCGUCCACAACAGCGCUGACCAAAGAUUCCUGAAGAAUCUGGUCAACAGUUACAAACGAUCGUUCGCGAGAACCUGGGUCGGAGGUCAUGAUAGAUACAAGGAGGGUAUGUGGCUGUGGACUGACGGGUCACAGUUCACCUCCGCCCCGUGGCCCAGGGGGGAACCAAACAACCUUGGUAGAAAUGAACACUGCAUGGAGAUCAACCUGAGAGGAUCAACUAUGUACCUGAACGAUGAAAGGUGCAACAGAAAUAAUUUCUACAUCUGUGCCAAAAGAGUCUAACUCCUCCCUCUUCCUGAGAAAUCCAACAUGACCAUGUGACCUUCUCACUGGUGAUGUCACUUCCUCCAGGAUGUCAGGCUUCGAUGGCGUCGCUGCUGGAAGACACAAGGAUAAAAUCUGAUUUCCAAUAAAUCUGUUGCAUGAAGAAA